CCAUGCGCUGUGUAAAAAGAUUUCUUACAUACAUAAUUUCUAUUAAAUUCUUGAAAAAUAAGAGCUUUUUUAAACGAAACAUUUCAACAAAGUUCGUGCCAAGAAAAUUGAAUUUUCAACUAUAAUAAAAGUAAAUCUAUUUACAAACGGAAAGCUACGGAAUUUGCCAUAAACCCGCGCGUUUUAAAUUUCCAUCGACGACGAUAAUGGUCCUUUCUAUGGUGGUACUAUCGGAGUUGACAUGAAUAUGUUUUCGAAAAAAUUGCAUUCCUCCAAAGACUGCAUUACGCCACAUAAGAUAAGUCUUCUUGUCUUAAUUUGUGAAUUAUGUGACAAAAGUGAGGAGAACAUCACCCCAUUUAGGAAGCAUCGACGGCCUCUGAUGAUUGUGGUUUUAAAUUUCAUGCAGGCUAACGAUAUUGAGUUUAUCGAAUUGCGAAGAAAGCUAGAUGAAAUUGACGGACAACGUGGACAUCUUUCUGGUUUACUGUGUGACAGGUUGAAUGGCAUUAGUGAGGGAGAAUCUAGUUUAUGUGAUUUCUUUCUACAAAAUUUGGAAUAUCUCCUAAAUGUUGAAGAAGAAAUAGUUUUGACAAGGACAAGUUUUUUUGGUCUCUUUGUUAGAAAAAUGGUACUUCUUUUCAAUAAGAUGUCAUUUGGUCAAGUGCUUCAUUUAAAUGAUCUUUUAAAGACUUACUUACAUUCAGACCAUGGUAAUGACAAAAUGAAUGCUGUUCAAUAUAGUGAUGUAGCAAAAAGAAUGCCAAUAUCCAGAAAACAAGGUGAAAUAUUUUUAGCAAAACAAGCUGUUUUACUUAAUUCUGGUGAUAACACUGCAGAAAAUGCAAAAGAAUUACAAGAGCAGAUUAACAACAUUUUAUGUGUUGCUCCAGACCUUGCUGAAGCGCAUUUUGUUCAGUAUUUAAACUGUAUCAGGGUUGGUGAGCUUAAGCAGGCAGUCGAUUACCUUUAUCAUUAUUUUGAUCGCAAACAAUUUGAGGAAAGCCAGUCUGGAGUUGAGACAGAAGAUGCAAAAAAAGUGCGAUGCAAGCGAUUUUGUUAUGCAGCCCUGAAUCUUGCUGUUUUACAUACACACUUUGGUCAUAGGAGACAGGCAUUGACAGUUCUUGAAGAAUCAAUCAAGAUUGCGCAAGAGGCAAACGAUCACGUUUGUCUGGUACAUGGACUGAAAUUGCUUCAUAAACUAAAAGGAGAAAGGGAUGCACAGGGAAAAUAUAUGCUUGAAAGAAUUUGUGCACGAACAUCAGAACUAAAACUACAGUCACUGGAAUCUCUCAGCAUGUUAAUGAAGACUAAUCAAAUGGUUUUUGAUGGAGAUUUGCCAUCCAGAGUGUUUGGUGUAUUUGAUAAAUUGAACUUUUUUAAUUUGGAAAAAUCGCUGUUUGAUCUUUCUGUGUCAAGUGAUUUGCAACAAAGCUCUUGCUUUCACUUCUACGGUCAGAGUCUAUUGGCUGCAGUCUACAGUCAGCUUCCUCUGAUUCGAUGGAAGCCAUCAUAUGAUCUCGGACCAGAAAACUCAACAGGAGUUUAUAAUGCAGACGCAAAACCUAAAUCACUUUGUUUUUUAGCUAACCAUUUACAGAAAAAGGGAAAUUUUGUCGCUGCGAUGAAAAUAUUAGAUUUAGCGGAGAGAUAUAAUCCUGCAAACGGUAAAUUCGCUCAGAUAUGGCAAGCAGAAAGAGCAAGAAUUAUGUUUGACCAAGCUUUAUUGAUGGAAGAUUGGCAGACAGCUUCCAAAUCUGUUGAAAAUCUAAAAGUUUUUGACACAUUUGAUUCUGAAUUACGUAAAGCAAAAUUUUUGACACAGCGCAAGCAAUUUGAUUGUGCGCAUGAGACGCUGCAAAGAUUAAUGAAAUACUUAGGGGGAAAGUGUGACAUGAAAACGGACGAAAAUUAUGUUGAGGAAAUGAGAGCGAACAUUCACAUUGCUAUGGCUGAACUCUACAUUGCAACUGAAAAUUACACAUCUUCUAUCGGUCAUUUACUCAAAUGUAAAACCAUCUGUGACAAAUAUCACGUUGAAAAUAUAUCAAUAACAGCAAGUCUUUGUCUGGCUGAGACACAGUUUCGUUUGGAUUUACCUGACCGAGCAAUGGGCUAUCUUAGACAGGCUAUGAUCAAUGCAUUAAGCAAUGGCAGUGUGUUUACUGUGUGUUGUUUAAAGAUCCUCGCGUGUCGUUGUGAACUACAAAAAAGCAAAAAUGAAAGUAAAGAAAAUAGGAGAAAAGUUUUAUUGUCGGUGGCACCUACUUUGGAUGUUGUCUUGAAGAAUCUGAAAACUAUUCACGCUAUAACAAAGCUACGUGACGUUCUCAUUUUACAGGCUUUUGUUUACAAUGAAUUGGGCUAUCUCGAGAAAAGAAAUAAAUACUCUAUCGACUAUCGUUUAUUAUCUACGACUGAUGAUAAAAUAGUGAAGAGGAAAGUUCAUAUGUUACUUUGAUCUAGAGUCUAUUUAUAGUUAUGGAAAAACAAUACAAACUUUGCCCUUCAGCCUUUAAAUAUCUUUAGAUGUCAAGAGAUAUAUGAUACAGAAAAAAAUAAUUGUCAAAUAUUGAUAGCUAUUCGAUACGACGUAAGUGACGCUAUUGUUAAUUGUAAAAUGAAUUUUUUCAAUUGA